AUGGCGCUCGAGCGCGAGCGGGAACGAGCGCGCGAGGCCGAGCGGGCGCGGAACGCGCCGGCGGCGGGCGCAGGAGCAGGACCAAGUGCGGGAGCAGGUGCGGCGCAGGGGCAGCCGGGCGGCAAGGGCAAGGAGCCAGAGGAGGGCAAGCUCAGCGUUGGGAUCGACUUUGGCACGACCUUCUCCGGCAUCGCCUACGGCUCGUCGCGCCUGUUCAGCGGCCAGAUCCGCCAGAUCCUGUCGUGGCCCGGCUCGUACGAGACGUACCGCAAGGUGCCGACCUGCAUCCUGUACGAGCAGCACGAUCCGGAGGAGGAGGCCAAGAUCGUUAGCUGGGGACUCGAGGCCAAGAACGCGUCGGUCGCCAAGGGCCAGAUCAAGUGCGAGUGGUUCAAGCUCCUGUUGUCGCCCGAGUCGCUCCGCAGCGGCGUCCCCGACCCGUGGCUGCCGCCGCUCCCCGUCGGCAAGAACGUCGUCGACGUCAUCGCCGACUUUCUGCGCUGCGCCUGGCGGUACGCCAAGAGGAUGAUUACCGAGGAAAUCGGCAGCGUCGUCGACCUCAAUGCCGCCGACGUCCUCCUCACCGUCCCUGCCGCCUGGGACGCCGCCGCCUGUUCGCUCAUGCGCGAGAGCGCGAUCCGAGCGGGCCUCGUCCAGAGCUCGCGAGGUGGUGACACGGCGUGGAGGGACCGACUGCACAUCAUCACCGAGCCUGAAGCAGGCGCCAUCCACGCCUCGACCCUCGCGACGCUGCAUCACCUGCGCCCGUCCCAGUCGUUCCUCCUGUGCGACGCCGGCGGCGGUACGGUCGACACGGCCGUGUACAAGCUCAUGGGCCAGCUCUCGGAGCUCGAGAUCGCCGAGAUGUGCGUGCGCAGCGGCGCCAACACGGGCAGCCUGUUCGUCGACCUCAAGUUCGAGGAGCUCUUGCGGCGGAUCCUCAAGGACCACCCUGUACACCUCGAGCCGGCAUCCAUGGCCACGUUCAUCCACGCGUUCGCCGAGGGCGACAAGCUCGCCUACCACGGGACGAAGGAGGACGACGACGCCAUCUUCCGCUUCAACUGCUUCAACGUCGAGGACUCGCACGACCCGGACGUUGGCCUCGAGUUCGGCGAGCUCGCCAUCCCUGGAAGGGUGCUCAAGACCGAGGUUUUUGAUCCCGUCAUCGAGCAAGUGCUCGCCCUCCUGUCGACCCAGAUCGCCAAGAUCGGCCACACGUCGCUCGACGCCAUCAUCCUCGUCGGCGGUUUCGCCGCAUCCGAGUACCUGUACACUCGAGUCCGGCGAGCGUUCGGCGCCGCCGUGCCCGUCAUCGUGCGGCCGCAGGACUGCGACACGGCCACGCUUCGAGGCGCGGCACGGUACGGGCUCGGCCUGCGCAUGGGCAAGGUCGCCGUGUCGAGCGUCAUCUCGCCAAGGAGCUACUGCAUGAAGAGCAAGCUGCCGGCCGAGGAGGAGGACAACUGGCGCCGACCCGAGUUCGUGCGGGCCAACGACGGCGGCACGGUCGUCUGCGAGAACCGCCUCAGCUACCUCAUCGCCAAGGGCGCCGUCUUGCGCAAGGGCGAGCGGUUGCGGUCGCGCUUCUGCAAGUACGUCAAAGACCCACGCGACUCGGUCUUCACGGCCCACCUCUUCGUGUCCAACUCGGAGGAGCUUUACCGCUACACGGACGAAGGCGACCUCACCGAGCUGUGCCGUUGGACGGUCGACCUCGCGGCCCUGCCGCGCUUCCACGACAUCGCUGGCGACGACGGCGGCUAUAUCGAGUUCGACCUCGCCCUCGCCCUCGACUCGGCAGAAGUGCGCGGCGUCCUCAUGACUGAGGACGGCGUCGAGUGCGGUGCAGCGACUUUCGAGUUCCUCGGCGCCUGAGCCUCGCCCCUGUCCCCCUACCCUCCCCUCCCGACUCUUGCCUGGCGCAUAGACCUUUCUGCCUUUCCUCGCCUUGUCGCACGGCCGUCGCCGUCGCCUCGUUCCACCUGUGCCCGCCGCCACAGUUUCCUCUUGCCCGCCGCGGCCUCGCCGUCCCAGUACCCUCGCAGCGCAAUGAGUAGACAUUCUCUCA